AUGCAGACCGUUCCCAGUCUCAUCGGAACCGGCACUGCUGUCGCUGCGGCGGCAACGGGUCUCGUCUUCGGCCAACUCACGGAAGGUCAACUCCUCCCCCACUCGCCAACUACACGAUCGAAUUCUAGCAGGAGGCAAAUCACGCCCGACCGAGAAUCACCGCCGGCAUCUGCAAACCCCCUUUUCGCAGACGAUUUCAGCUUCAACCCGCAGCAGAAGCAGCAGACGCAGACGCAGCAGGAACAAUUACCGCUCUCUCACACGACGAACCAGCCGCGAAUCCCCCGAGGUUCCUCUCAUAAUCAAGCCACCCCACCCAAAUCAUCCCAUUGGCGCCACUCUUUCACCAGACAGGGUGAAGGGUCUAUUGCCGAAAACGUGCGCGAUUCGUCCUCGUCGAACAGCUCAUGGUUGCGCAGAUUAUCCCUUCGUCCGUUAUCUCAACAUGAGAGCAGAAGAUCGAGUCUUGUACCCGAUUCUCCGUCCGUCUUCUCUCACGGUUCGGGAGCACCCAUUCUGUCACAUACAGGCCCCACGGCCACUCCGUUGCCUCCCAAUAAACUAGUCAAGAGGUCUUCCACCAAAGAUGGCAACGGCUCAGGUGCCUUGAUCCGGCGGGGUUCAAAAUCACAGAUGCAUACCCUCCGACGGCCGGCAACCAGUCAUCAGAGAUCCGCCACGCUUCGCCAUCUGACCGUGGAGACUGUUCCGCCUCUACCUCAACUCUCGUUGGACCAACAGGGGCGGCCGAGGGCUCGAACGCUAGCGAAUCCUUGUGGGGAUCCUGCAUUGCGAAUAUCAACAGCUGACAACUCGAGUUCUUGGCGGUCUUACUUCCACGCGCGGGUUGUAAGAAUAGCGUCCAAAGUAUCUCCGUUACGGGGGGACAGCGGCGUACCGUCAACCACGAAGCGAGUUUGUAUGGAGCAACCAAAGCACGCAGGGGUUUAUCUACUAUCACCGGGAUCCAUCAUGGCCGGUUCACCUUCGAGUCAGAUCCUUUCUGAGAUAGAGACCUCGGCGGAACUCGAUGACAGCCCGCGAAGCUCAAAUAAGUCACCCGGUGCAUCCCCAAGUAGCACACCGUCAAAAACAUCAAGACGGUCCAUGUCGAUGCAUUUCAGCUCGCCCACAACUUGGAUAUCUAAGACGGGGAGCAUCCGCCGUCGGAAACGAGGCUCCCCUGAACCUGCAGGCGGUGAAAAACGGUGUGUGUCUGAACCAACCGCGAAUAAUGACGAUUCUGGCCAUCCGCAAGUUGGAGAGCAGCUGGCACCAGACGAAGGUGGCGGCAGGGCGGGGGAGCCCAGCAAGGCCGAAACUGAACUGGCCGCCAUUUUCCAUCCACCAAAACGCGCAAGGAAGUCGUCUUCGCCAAUUCCGCCAUUGUCGAGGCUCUCGAGCUUCCACGUUGACCUGAACCAGCUCGGUUCGUCCUCUUUAGGUAGCCAAGCUAAACCUGAUGAGGUAGCGGUUUCAGGCAAUUCAACCAGCACUUUGAGGGUGAACUCAAAUGGGUCUCAAGCUCGGACUCUGGACCGUGCAUCGACGGUUGGAAGCUCCGAGUAUCACCGCGGAUUUGCAUCGGGCGACGAUGAGGACACCGACUUUAAGACAGAUACCCCGUUUGAUUCUUUUCGAACGGCGGGGUCUAGUCGUAGGAGGACCCAAGACUCGCCCUUGGAGUCCAUGUUCGACGAAUCACCUCCCAGCACAGCCGGCCUCAACAACAAGCCGAAACGAUUGUCUAUCCAAGAGAUGCUCGGUCCGGCAUUUGAUAAUGGCCAUGGAAUCAUGGAGGAGGACGAGAGCUUGGCAACGCCAGUUUGUGGAACGUAUGACGAUGCAGAAGCCAACUUCCGCCUCGCUAAUCUCGAGGACGAUGAGGACUACAGACACCCUCGUGUUUCAGCUGAUUUUAAAAUGGCGAACAGAGAUUUUGGCCGGCUUUCUUUCGACGAUGACGACGAUCUCGACUGGGCUAGAGAAGACGAGGCCCCUCUCUACAACCAUCUGUCACCACCAAGUUCCAUGAAUUCCCGUAGGGGGAGCCCCAACCUGCGGACAGCACUGCCUAGUAUUAGCCGCAAUAGCAGUUCGGAAUUGCGAGGCGACACAAGCAGUGAGCGACCUCGCAGCAACGUCUUUGAUUGGGCAGAACCCUCUCAAUAUGAAAAGGUUGAUGGAGAAGGCCGUUCAGCUCGUCCCAAGACAGUUCAUGGAAAGCAACAACUUGAUGUGAGAGGCGGUCGAUCAGCAAGCCGGAAAGGCCCAACGGUGGCUCAUAUUCGCAGUCAAAGUGUCCCUAUAGUGCCGGACCCUGCCGAAGGCUCCAAGGCAGCACCCAAAUUUGGAACUUGGGGCUUAAGUACGAAGAAUGUGAGUGAAGACUGGGACGACGACUUCGAGUUCGAAGAAGAGGCCUUCGCGGGACCAUCGGAUAAGAAGGCGGAAAAUCGCAUUUCCAUGGUCGUGCCUGCUUCAAUCCAGGCAACGCAACCCACGGUGAGAGCGCACUCGGGCCAGAUCAGGGAGCUAUCUUUGCUUGUUAAUGACUUAAAACGGCUAUGUCGGCUGGGACGAGAGAUGGAGAUCCUUGAUGGAACUUCUUCAAAAUUGUGGCGGGAGGCGGAGGGCAUCAUUGCUCUAGCCUCCCCCGAUGAGGAUGCUUCUGAUGGAAUCAUGUCCACCUUGAUGACUGAUGACCAGGACGACCGGUUUGUGGAUGAAGGAUUUGAUAGGAACGCUCUUGAUUAUUCACAUACUGUCGACGAUGGGGUUCAAAUAAGGACUGCUGUUGUGAGAGAGCGCCCGUCGGUGCGGCGUCGAUCUGUCUUCUCGCCCGAGGACGACAUCUUUGGGAACUGGCCACACUCGAAUGAUCAAUUCCCGCCGGCUCGACCCAGAACCCCUGAAACGAACAUGGAUAAGGACCCCUGGAACCCAUUGUCCGUCGCGAGAUCUUUAAUGGAGUCAAUGCAACUCCGACGGCGGCAACCCAAUGAGGAGGAUGACGAUAUCGAUGAUGAUGAGGAGGAACCCAAUGCCAGACUGAACUUUGAUACGAACAGUCUGAAGGAACUGGUCAAGCGUGCGAGCGACCUGCGGGAUGCACUUUCGGAACUCAUCCGCAAAGCAGACCGUAUCACAAACAGCCCGUCUCGAACUCCAAGGCGCGAGAAGACAAGCAAAAAUGGCGAUGGCAGCCCAGCCUUCACGCGAGUCUUCAACGAUCCAGCCUCCAGCCCUCCCAGACGGCCCCCCAACAGCCAUAGCAACAAUUCGAUUUUAAGCGGCGGUUCGAUCAAUGCUUCACCAUCUAAUGGAUUGGGUCAGCGCAUGCAGAUGAUGACCGUCAGCUAA